AUGGAAGCCUUGGUCUGUGCGUUCUCUGAGCUGCGCAUAAGAGAAGGCUGGGGUAGCGCCCUCCAUAUCCAUGUGAGGUCUCAAGAGGCAUAUGGCUGUGUUCUCCGUCAUGGCUGCUUUGGCCAGCUGGCCACCACCCACCUACUCUCCCCUGCAGAUGCAGUGAGCUGGGCCCAAGGACACCCCAGUCACCCUGACACACCUCCCAACAUCUACGAGGGGGGACUGGGGACCCAGCAGCAGCAGUGCCCCAGUGCCCAGGGAAGCAAACCCAAGAACUUCCGGCUGCGCCACCUCCGGGGCCUGGCUCUCUACCUGCCAGGCCACAUGCAGCCUGCAGGCCAGUGUGAGAGUCACUGGCUGGGCCGGCUCAUGGCUGGGGGCUGCCUGCCACAGCCUGAGGGCACACCCUGGUCCCUGGACAUGCCACAGGCGACUCUGGGCCCAGGUAACAGCCAUUGCUCAGCCCUUCUAGAAGCCCAAUUGCCCAGGGACAGCCUGGGAAACACAGCUUCCAGCUCCAGCAUGGACCCAGCCAAGGGUGCCCCCUCCCAGCCCAGUCCCCCUGAGGGCUUGGGGCUUAGGCCCAAGAGGUCUUGGGGGGCCUCAGAAGAGGCCAUGUGUCCCUUGUGCAAGAGAACCCGCUCUGGGGCCCUGGAGAGGCAGUAGGGAUCCUGAGUGCCAGGUGUGGGGACAGGAGGGAAAGAUGGCCAAGGAGGCUGGCCCAAAUCAGAAUGGCUCAGCCCCCAACAGUGGCCCCCCUGCACACUGAGAUGACCCAGGCAGCAGUAUAGCACCAAAGCCUGGGCCAGCCUGGGGAAGUGUGAAGGGGGGAGGGAUGAGGAUGUCCCAAGGGAGGGACAGAAGAAAUAGAAGCAUGGCUGUGCCCUUGCAGCCUGCUCAAACUCAAGUCAGCCACUUGAAGCUGGGAGGCAAGGCCAAGCAGAGAAUCUGUUCCAGAGAGGCCUGGGAACCCUCAGGUCUAAUCUCAAUAAAAGUCAAGGCCUGCACCUUCUUGUUAGUCUGUCUGCCAUGGUGCCAGUUCAGAAGAAUAGCCUGUGUGGCCCCCAGGGCUGGGUCUGCAGUGCUCCCACCCUGGGCUCUCCAGAGUGGGCAGAGCCUCAACAUGCCUGGUGAGAAGCGUCAAUCCAGGCCAAGGGGCAAAGAGGACAAAAAAGGCCAGGGACUAGGGAGAGACCAAGGCCAGCCAGUUUAAGGAGAGCAGCCCAGGCUAUCUCUCUCUGGGUGUGUGAGGCCACUGGUCCAUAGCCCCUCCAGGCAGGACAAGCACAGCCCUCUACUCCCGCUGGCCUGGCUCCAGGCCCCCUGGCGUGAGAUUCCUCUGUACUCGUGUCUCAGCCUUGGCUGUGGACUUCGGAAACCAAGCCAUUCUUUUCUGUGUGUUGUAGGACCCUUAGCAUUUCUGGCUGCUACCUGCUAGGUGUCAGUACUACUCUCCAAGUCAGUGUCUCCAGAGUUCCCUUAGGGCAGCAGUUCUCAACCUGUGGGUCGCCACCCCUUUGGGAGUCAAACGACUCUCUCACAGGGGUUGCCUAAAUACAUCCUGCACAUCAGAUAUUUACAUUAUGAUUCAUAACAGUAGCAAAAGUUCAGUUAUGAAGUAGCAACAAAAAUAAUUUUACGGUUGGGGGUCACCAUAACAAGAGGAACUGUAUUAAAGGGUCAUGGCUUUAGGAAGGUUGAGAACUACUGUCUUAGGGGCACAAUCUCUCCUGUUCAGAAGCCUUGCUCUGCAGCACUGGGCUUGUCUGGGGGGAGCAGGCACUAGGGUUGAGCACUGCCCCUCCCUUGGGCAACUGCCAGACCAUGUGUGAUGGUGCCCAGGACAGCUGAUGCCCUUCCCUUAGUACCCCUUCCCUUUCCCUGUACAUUGGCUCCGCCCUAGACAUCUCCUAGGACCCUGGGAUAGCAGAUCUGGGAGAUUUCCAUCUUUGGGUGGUUUUUAAGUUGUUUUAAGUAGGUGGGUGUGGCCCUGGGUGGUGGGAGCCUGAGGCUGUAGCAGCCCCCAGGUGACAGCAGGUAUUUGGACACUACCCCCAAGAGCAGCUGUGACGGGACAGGUGUGGGAGGGAUGCAGAUGGCCAAAGGCCCACAUGAGUCGCCCAGGGUGAGGGAAGUUGCCUUCUCUCUCACAACACUCUCCCCUGGAUGUAGAGGCCAAGGGUUCACUACUAGAGACAGGUAUUAGGGAGGUUACUAAGGGAACACAGAGGGACACAUGCCCCAGCCACCAGCUGAGGAUGCUGGGAAGAAGUGAGACUGCCCAGAAGCUGGCAAUACCAAGUCCCUGGAGACCAUCAGGGGCCCAAUCUACUUACUUCUGAAUGAAGAGCCUGAGGCUCAGGGAGGAGCAGAUUGCCCCAGUGCCUAGAUUUUAGGACACGCAAGCUGUGGUCAGUGGCCACACAUGUCCUGGUAUCUGCCCCUUUGAUGUUCUCUCCCCUUGUAGAAUUGAGACUUGCCCUGAGUCUUGCUUUACUAGUAGAAUGUAGUGGAAGUGAAAUGGUGUCUUCCGGCAGCUUCCAGGGGAGGUUAGUGACCAUGUAGAGUCAGGCUGUCCCGAGACUGCUGUACAGUGGGAAACCACCUAGCACAGAGACAGCCCCAGGGAGGGAACAAGCUGAGCCAUGGCCACAUUUGCUGUCAGCCACCCCUGUAAGAAGGGCCAUCUUGGACUUGGAUCCUCCAGCCCUGCUGGCCUGCUUCAGCUGAUGCCACCUAGAGCAGACAUACUCUACCUGUUGACCCCUGUUCUGACUACAGAAUUGUGAGCAGAUAGGAUGGCUCUGGCUCAGGCUGCUAAUUUUUCAGGUGGUUACACAGCUGGAGAAAAAGCUCAGGGUCUUACCCCAUGAAAGACAUCUGCUGCACCCACACGUUGGCCACAAAGAAAACUGGCUCUAAACCACCUCCAGUUUCUCCCUAAAACUUCCCAAAGCUUUUUUUUUUUUUUGAGACUGAGUCUUACUGUGUCACCCUUAGUAGAGUGCCAUGGCAUCACAGCUCACAGCAACCUCAAACUCUUGAGCUUAAGUGAUUCUCUUGCCUCAGCCUCCCAAGUAAGCACCCGCCACAAUGCCCGGCUAUUUUUUUGGUUGUAGUUGUCAUUGUUGUUUGUCAGGCCGGGGCUGGGUUUGAACCCACCAGCCCUGGUAUAAGUGGCUCGCUCCUUAGCUGCUGAGGUACAGGCACCAAGUCUCUCAAAGCUUUCUUGAAAAGCACUCCAACAGGUUGGGAAGCAGAAAAGCCACAGCUAUGGCAUGCUGGAGACAAGUGUGGAGGAGCACCCUCGUCCCAAGCAGGUGGACGUUGUCUAGCCCUGGGGCACACCCCUCACCGUACAAGUCCCUGAAUACUCACUGG